ACACUUGUUGUUGAUCUCUCUAUCUGCAGGUCCUUGCUCAAUACCCAGUCCUUGUUGACUGCCUCACCGGUCUUCACUCCCACUUUGCUGCUUUGUCACUUUCAGCCUCGCCCUUCAUUCAGAAUUGUGGUACAUAUCUUUAUUUAUAUUUUUAUUUAUUUAAACAAUGACGGAGUUUUCCACACAAUGGAAGUAGGAGCUGCUCUUGUAGCUUCUGCCGUUGAAUGGUUAAUCGAUAAGUUGAAGUCCGAGGUCACUGAUUGGUUUGAAUCAAGAAAGGAGGCACGUGAUGCAUUAGAGAAUUGGAAAGACCUUUUGCCAAACAUACGUGAUGUUCUUGAAGAUGCAGAGACGAAGCAAUUAACCAAUAAUGCUGUAAAGACAUGGCUUUCAGAGCUUAGAGACAUAGCUUAUGAUAUGGAAGAUAUCCUGCGCGGAGAUGAAGCUGAUGCGCAGAGGCAAAAAUUGAAUUUAAAAACUUGUGAUCAAGCCAGAACCAAUAGAGUCAGAAAACUUAUCCCAACACUAUCAUGUGAUUUCAAGGUUGAUCGGGAGACUAUGUCCAAGAUAAAGGGCAUUACUGACAGAUUGAAAAACAUCAAGGCACGGAGAGAUGCAUUGGACCUAAAAAUUGAACAUGGGACCAACAGAGCAGUUACACAAAGGAUUCUCACUACUGGGGUGCCUGAAAGUCAUUUUUUUGGUCGGGAAAAGGAUAAGGAUGCUAUUCUUCGAAAGUUGUCAAUUAAUGAAGAUAAUACCAAAUGCUUUUCUGUGAUUCCCAUCGUUGGAAUGGGAGGAUUAGGGAAGACUACACUUGCUAGUCUUGUUUAUAAUGAUGAAGAAUUGAAAGUUGUGUUUGGGCCAAAAGCAUGGGUUUGUGUCUCUAACGAAUUUGAUGAUCUUCGAAUAGCAAUAUCUAUUUUGGAUCAACUGAACGUGAAAUCUGAUUCAAAAGAUCCAGCAGUGAUUCACAGCAAGCUGAAAGAAAUGUUGUCUGGACAGAAGUUUUUACUUGUACUUGAUGAUGUUUGGAACAACAACUAUCACCUCUGGAGCAGAUUGCAAGGGCUUUUCAUGUCAGGAGCACCCGGAAGCAAAAUAAUUGUUACGACACGCGACGAGAAAGUCGCGAGAAGCAUGAGAGGAGAUGGUUGGGCUUAUCAUCUUGAUUUGUUUCCAGAUAAUGAGUGUUUGUCAUUAUUGGCCAAACAUGCACUAGAAACAGAAAAUUUUGAUUCAUAUGGGCAUCUCAAAGGAAUUGGUGAAGAAAUAGUGAAAAAAUGCAAAGGUUUGCCUUUGGCUAUAACAACCAUUGGAGGGCUCCUUCGUGGAGAUCAGUUAAAUCCUAACAAAUGGAGGGCAGUACUAAACAAUGAGAUAUGGAAAGUAUCAGAAGAGAUAGGUGGAGUUCUUCCAGCUUUGAGAUUGAGCUAUCAUCAUCUUCCUUCUCAUUUAAAACAAUGCUUCGCCUUUUGUGCUAUAUUUCCGAAUGAUUUUGAGCUCGAUGAGAAUGAUUUGGUCCUAUUGUGGAUGGCGCAGGGGUUUCUUCGACAACAUCAACAGAUAGAUGGAGUGAAGGAAAUGAAAAGCUUGGGUCAUCAAUACUUCUGUGAUUUGUUAUUGAGAUCAUUUUUUCAGCGACCACGUAGCAAUUCAUCACUCUUUGUCAUGCAUGACCUUGUGAUUGAGUUAGCUCGAGAUGUUGCAUCAGAAACUUGCUACCAACUGGAUAUGUCAGUCAACAAGAAACUAGAUGUCACUCGCCAUUUUUCAUUCUCUCGUGGUGAGUUUGAUACUUAUCAAAGAUUUGAAAUGAUGGAGAAAAUGAAGAGUUUGCGGACAUUUCUGCCAACUAUUGGACGAUAUAGAUCAAACUACUUAUCAAAUAAAGUGGUGCAUUAUUUGUUUUCAAACUUGAGAUGCUUAAGGGUCUUGUCUUUCAAUGGUUAUCUCAUAAAGAAGGUUCCAGAUUCAAUUGGAGAUUUGAAGCUUUUAUGCUAUAUUAAUUUAUCUGGCACUGCAAUCCAAAGUCUACCUGAUUCUGUGAGUUUUCUUGUAUACUUACAAACAUUGAUAUUAAGAAGUUGUGGCAUGCUUACUCAGUUGCCAGAGGGUAUCGUGAAUUUAGUUGACUUGCUUCAUCUUGACAUUGCUCAUACAACAAGAUUAAAGGAGUUACCGUCAGGAAUUGGCAAGCUGACAAAUCUUUUGACUCUACCCAAAUUUGUUAUUGGAGGUGGGCUGAGACUAGGAGAGUUGAAAAACUUGAAGCAACUUCAAGGUGAUCUACUCAUCUCAAAUCUACAUAAAGUCUCAGAUUUUCGAGAUGCUAGUGAAGCCAACCUUCAUGCGAUUGAGGGCCUUGAUGAGUUAAUCUUGCAAUGGACUGGCGAUUUUCAAACUUCACGAAAUGUAAGCAAUGAAAAUAAGGUACUCUGUCGGUUGAAACCUCAUUGCAAUUUGAAGAGGUUUACAAUCGAGUUCUUUGGUGGACUGGAAUUUCCAUCUUGGAUAGGUGAUCCAUCAUUCUUCAAAUUGGAGUACCUGAAACUAUGUGAUUGUCAAAACAUCACUUUAUUACCACCCCUUGGGCAAUUACCAUUGCUAAAGAAAUUGAUCAUAAGAGGCAUGCCUGAGUUUACUGGAAAUAACUCCUUUUCUGGUAGUUUUUCAUCACUAGAGAAGCUGACAUUGGAGGACUGUCCCAAGUUGAUUGGAAAAUUACCUAGCCACCUUCCUUUUCUCAAAAUUCUCAUGAUUAGAAAUUGUCCUCAAUUAAGUUAUUCACUACUGAGUCUCCCAUCACUAGAGAAGCUGACAUUGUUGGACUGUCCCAAGUUGAUUGGAAAAUUACCUAGCCACCUUCCUUUUCUCAAAGUUCUCAUGAUUAGAGAUUGUCCUCAAUUAAGUUUUUCACUACUGAGUCUCCCAUCACUUGGAGAGUUGAAAAUAACAGGUUGCAGUGAGGCAAUUCUUAGGAAUAUGAGGGAUGUCACUUGCCUCACCUCUUUGCAGAUUAAUAGAAUUCCAAAACUUGCCUGCUUGCAUAAAAGCAUAACACAGUUCUUGACAGUUGUUGAAACAGUAGACAUUGAAGAAUGUGAUGAACUUACUUGCUUGUGGGAGGAUGGAGCUAGCCUUGCCAGUCUUAAGUGUCUGAGGGAAUUGUCCAUACAAAAUUGCAAAAAAAUUGUGCGCUUUCCAGUAACUGGCUUGCCAUUGCAUCUCAAGAAGCUUCAACUUGAGGAUUUGGUGGUUUUGGAGUCAUUGCCUGAUGGAUUGAUGAAAAUAGGGGAUGGAGGCAACAAUAUGCUUCAACUUGAAGAAUUAGUCAUUAAAGGAUGUGAGCAGCUCAAAUCUUUUCCCAGAGACAAGUUACCCAGCACUCUGAAAAUGCUGAAAAUCAAAAAUUGUGAAAAUUUAGAGUCCUUACCAGAGGUAGUGAAUCUUGAACAUUUGCAGGUUAACAAUCUCCCAUCUCUGAAGUGUUUUCCUAGCUCCAAGUUACCAAGUGCUCUUAAGAGGCUGAAAAUUAAGGAGUGCCAGCAACUGGAGUCACUUCCAGACAGGUUGCUACAGGAUUGUACACAACUUGAAGAGAUGCAGAUUAAGGAUGUGGAAAAUCUCAGAAGCUUACCUAUUGAUUUCAUGCACAACCUCAGCGGUCUUGUUGAAUUAGAGUUAAAUUCUUGUGAAGGUUUCAAGUCCUUGCCAGAAAUGGACCUGUCGUCCAUCCCCAAACUUAAAACUUUGAAGAUUCAGAAUUUGGAGAAUCUCAAGUCUUUACCCAAUAAGAUGUGGAACCUCACAUCCAUCCAAUGUUUAAUUAUAUGGCAUUGUCCAGGUGUCACAUCCAUACCGGAAGGAGGUUUUCCUUUAAACCUAAAAACACUUAAAAUCGUUGGUGAAGGCUUGAGCCAGUCGAUGUUAGAGUGGGGCCUUGACAGACUUACCUCACUUGAAUCAUUCGAAAUUGGGGAGAUAUGUCCUCCGAAUAAUUUGCAGCUUCCGAAGUCUCUAAAAAGUCUUACUAUACAGUGGAGUAAUUUGAAAUCCAUACCAAAAGUCCUCCUUCAAAACCUCCAUUCUCUCGAGAAUUUAUAUUUUAAUUGUUGCCCAGAGCUUCAAUCCUUGCCUACGGAAGGCCUACCCACCUCACUUCAAUGGUUCGUGCUCUCUCAUUGUCCCCUUCUGAAAGAAUGGUGGUUGAAGGAGAAAGAAGACUAUUGGUCUCUCAUAGCCAACAUCCCUUACGUUGACUUUUAUCCCUAAAUAAGAGUCAGGUACCAGUAACCUAUUCACAAAUUCACCAUAUUCUUGAAAAAAUCAUAUUUUGUUUGUUUUCGAUGCAAUUUAUAUGUCAAUUUGGUGCAGGUCUCGUAGUUGGUAAGGAGUUUUCUGUCAUGCUUCAAUCUUAACCUAUUCAUGGUCCAUUUGUUUGCAAAAACAAAUUUGUAUUUUGAGAAAAGAUGUUUGAUAUGGAUUCUACUAGAUUCUGGUGUAUCUGUUGAAGUGUAACUUGGAUGAUUCAGCUUUCUGAUAUGUGGGGUUGGCCGUUGGUGUUAUGAGGGGUAUGUUCUCCAUCCAAACCAAUUGGAAUACCAUCUAUUCUAAUUAGCUAGCUGAUUGCUUGUUAUCUUGGUUAUACAAAGUUAAUUUCACAUCAAUGAAGAGGAUGAUGCAUUCCCUUGAUUGAUAUAUAUAUAUAUAUAUAUGGAAGCUAUUGAUUUUGGUUUCAUUUCUUUUCCUUUCUUUCCAUUAUAUACAUCCAACAUUUGAAGAUGAAGAGUUUGAAGAUACUUAAAAGCUGAAUCUGUUGUGAAACUACUUCUGUAGAUGUUGGAAACCAAAUGCAGGACAUGUGGCAUAGCGAUGAGCUUUGGUUAUUAAGUUAAUGGUAAAGAACUAGUGGUCUUGAAUAAAAACAUUACUUUAUACUUUCAUUAUAACAUGACCCAUGAAUUCUUAAGUAUAUAUAUGCUUGGAGUGUGUGUGAUCGGUAAAAUGAAUCCUCCAUUGAACAAAUCAGCUGAGGUUUCACCUUCAAAUAAUGUUUGAGUGAUUCUGUUGAAGUGGGUUUGUAUUGUCAUGUAUUCAUGUGUGAAAGAAUAUAUGGUUAGAGUAUAU